AUGGUUACUAAAAAACGACAAUGACUUUGAUAAUUUGACACUAGUACUACGAACAUUUCAUAUUACACAUUUCCUGGUUCCCAUCCUCAUUUCUCAGUUUUUUCUAUUGCCCGUUGGCGAAACCUCUCCAUAAUUCUCAAGUCUUCGGUCAAGUUCCCUCCCUCUCUUUCACACACACACACGUACAGAGCAAGCAUGGCUGAUAUGAAGAAAGUGGUGGUGAAAUUGGGCAUACAUGAUGACAAAGAUAAGCAGAAGGCCUUGAAAGCAGUUUCCAGCCUCUCAGGCAUUGAUUCUCUUUCUAUUGACAUGAAAGAGAAGAAAUUAACGGUGGUUGGGGAUGUUGAUCCGGUUGAUGUGGUUAGCAAAUUGAGAAAAUCCUGGCACACGGAAAUAGUGACAGUAGGGCCGGCAAAGGAGCAAGAGAAGAAAAAGGAAGAACCCAAGAAAGAGGAGAAGAAGGAUGAUGGGAAGAAAGACGAAAAGAAGUCUGAAAGUGAACAGAUUGCUGAGCUUUUGAAUCGUUACAGGAGCUACAAUCCCUAUUUGACACAGCAGUAUGUUGUCCACAGCGCAGAAGAGGAUCCCAAUUCUUGUGUCAUCUGUUAAAAUUUGACAGCGUGGAUUUUGGAGAGUUGAUGGUUAUGGUUCUGGUGGACUUAAAAAUCCUAGCACUACUUUGAUUUUGUUUAUACAUAUGGAGGAUAUGAAGUAUAGAGAGGGUAAAUUAUUGGUAUAUGGAAGGAAUAAAUUUUGUAACUAAGUAUUACUAUUUUGUGGCUUAAUUCCUUGGAGAUUGUUGGCAUAACGAGGGAGGAUGCAUUCUCCUUCCUGGAUGAAUUUGUUGCUAUUGCAUUGUAGAUCGACCCGAAAUGAUACAUUUUAUGCAUAACGAAGUUCUUGAAAUUCAC